AUGUCAAGGAAAGUCAUCACCUUCCUCGCCCUCGCUUUGAUAACUGCGGUUGCCCGAGCACAAUCCGGCGCAUAUGGACAGUGCGGUGGAAUCGGCUGGUCUGGGGCCACGACAUGUGUCUCUGGAUACGCAUGCACCGUGCUGAACACAUACUAUUCGCAAUGCCUCCCGGGUGCCGCAUCGGCUUCGCCGCCGCCGGUCAGCACGACUGUCCCGACGUUCAGCCCGACAACUGUGACACCGAACCCCACCACCUCAGACCCGAUGACCAGCAUACCCGCAACGACCACGUCGGCUGCAGCACCCACGGGAUCUCAGCUUCGCACAGACCAAGACCCGGUAUACCACUUCUACCUGCAAGAUCUGAACGGGGUUCCUGUCCUUGGCCCGGAGGCUUCUUCCGGCUAUUUCGACAUAUCAGGCGGUACCAUCUCCCUUGCCGCCUCCUCGGGCACGCUAUAUCUGAACGCCAUCGAGUCCGUCUCGACAUCCUACAAGCCGCUCGUCUUCAACUCUACCGCUAUCACCACUGAUUGGGGUCUCGAGGGCGAUACAAUCAUCACCACCAACCCACGGCAACUCAACUUCGUCGCGUGUCCCACGAGCGACACGACCAUAUGGAGCCUCUACUUACAGGAGGGAAGUGACGAGCCGAGUAGUGCAUGCGCCAACUACAUGACUCUGCACUUGCCGUGUCUGUGCUGA